AAGCAAGGAGAGCUAGGCAGGCUCGGUGAAGAGCACUGUUAGUUCAGAGAAACAGCCAGGAGGCCUGCACCCCAGCGAGUGUAAACAAUUUGAUCUCGCUCCUGCCGGGGCUCCCUCCCAAAUGGCCUGCCUUCUCCAAGCAUUCCGCAGAGUUUAUGCACUGGUUUUCUUUUUAGGGCUUUGGGGGGUGGUUGUGGGUGACAAGCUGCUGGUGGUGCCACAGGACGGAAGCCACUGGCUCAGUAUGAAGGACAUAAUUGAGCCUCUCAGUGAGAAGGGACAUGAUAUCCUGGUGCUGGUGCCUGAGGUCAAUUUGCUUCUGAAAGAAUCCAAAUACUACACAAGAAGAAUCUACCCAGUGCCGUACGACCAGGAAGAGCUGAAGAGCCGUUUCCGUGCUUUCGGGAAUCAGCACUUUGCUGAGAGGUGGUUCCUGAAUGCCGCCCUGAUGGAGUACAGAAAUAACAUGAUUGUCAUUGACAUGCUCUUCACCAACUGCCAGAGCCUCCUGCAGGACACUGACACCCUGACCUUCCUCAGGGAGGGGAAAUUUGACGUCCUUUUCACAGACCCCGCCUUACCCUGUGGGGUGAUUCUGGCUGAGUACCUGGGCCUGCCCCCUGUGUACCUCUUCAGGGGCUUCCCAUGCUCCCUAGAGCACGCCAUCAGCAGAAGCCCAAACCCUGUGUCCUACAUCCCCAGGUGCUACACUCAGUUCUCAGACCGGAUGACUUUCCCCCAGCGGGUGGCCAACUUCCUCGUUAAUCACUUGGAGACCUCUCUGUUUCACCGUCUCUAUUCAAAGUAUGAGGACCUUGCAUCGGGCGUCCUCAAGAGGGACGUGCACCUACCCACCUUGUAUCGGAAGGGCUCCAUCUGGCUGUUGAGAUAUGACUUCGUGCUGGAGUACCCCAGGCCGAUCAUGCCCGGUAUGAUCUUCAUCGGGGGGAUCAACUGCCAGGCCAAGAAAGCCCUGCCUCAGGAAUUUGAAGCCUAUAUUAACGCUUCUGGAGAACAUGGGAUUGUGAUUUUCUCUUUGGGCUCAAUGAUCUCAGAGAUUCCCGAGAAGAAAGCCAUGGAAAUUGCUGAUGGUUUGGGCAAAAUACCUCAGACCGUCCUGUGGCGGUAUACUGGACCACGGCCAUCGAAUCUUGCAAAUAAUACAAUUCUUGUCAAGUGGUUGCCCCAAAAUGAUCUACUUGGUCACCCGAAGACGCGGGCCUUUAUCACGCACUCCGGCUCCCACGGCAUAUACGAAGGGAUAUGCAACGGUGUCCCCAUGGUGAUGCUGCCCUUGUUUGCCGACCAGAUGGACAACGCAAAGCGCAUGGAGACCCGGGGGGCUGGGGUGACCUUGAAUGUCCUGGAAAUGACGUCUGAAGAUUUAACAAAUGCCCUGAAAACUGUCAUCAAUGACAAAAGCUAUAAGAAGAGCAUCAUGAACCUCUCCAGCCUUCACAAGGACCGCCCCAUGGAGCCGCUGGACCUGGCUGUGUUCUGGGUGGAGUUCGUGAUGAGGCACAAGGGGGCGCCGCACCUGCGCCCCGCGGCCCACGACCUCACCUGGUACCAGUACCACUCUUUGGACGUGAUGGGCUUCCUUCUGGCCAUUGUGCUGGCAGUUGUCUUCAUCACGUACAAAUGCUGUGCUUUCGGCUGCCGCAAGUGCUUUGGGAAGAAAGCGCAGGUUAAGAAACCUCACAAAUCUAAGGCACACUGAGAAGUGGGUGCGAAAUGGGGUGACCCAAACUUGCAAAGAGAGCCAGUGUUCAAUUCAUGUGAUUAUGAAAGAAAUACUCAGCCAUAAACUAGGUACCCCAGAGUGUAUUUUAAAAUAAAACGUUUGAAUUGGCAGUCACACCUGAAGGUAGAGAUAUGUGAAUAUGAGUUCGGCUCCAUUGGGGAUCUCUGAUCUGGACUACACCUGUCAUCUUUCAAAUGACUUGCUGGGAGAGAGGGUUGGACAGGCCUCCUUCACUCUCCACUACUUUUCUUUCUCAGAAAUGGGGACUGGUUUGGGAGCCCAGGUCUCAGAGAUGGUCCCUCCGCUGCUGCUGAAACCACAGUUCUAAUAUCGUCAUCUGACUUCUGUAGAUGGUUGUGAUCAAUUCCUUCACCAAUAAUGGCAGCUUAAUUUAUGUUCAUGCUUCACAGAUGUCACUUGGUGUAUUUAAAAAAGGAAAUGUUUAUUCUUGUAGGGCAUAGUACUUGAAAUAAAGCAAUGACAUAAUUCCUUUAUUUCAAUAAAUGAAAUAAAUGAAAGAGUCUUUCAAGAACGUGUGUAAUGUCUGACUUUUGGGGGAGAAGAAUGGUGCACAAAAUUGAUGGGUGGCAUCCUCGAAAGGAGAAUCAUUGCUUGUGCCAAAUGGAUCUAAAUUUGCUAAAAGCUUGUGCCAAAUGGAUCUGAAUUUGUUAAGUAGUGUCGGGCAAGUUUAUUUUCUCUGGUAUUUUCCACAAUGAAUGACAUAUGAAUUCUUAAAAAUUAUAUUUCUAAGGUGU